CAAGAUGCCACCGUAAUAAUAAUAAUGUGCUUGGUGCGAUGAUAUUGCUCCCUCCUAGUUCUGAUUAACCUGAUGCUGAGGUUUAUUCGCUUUACUGAUGAAGAGUUGGUGUAAACUUUGUGAGAUAGCUCCCACCAAGCCAAACUGCAAUCACUGCUAAACACAACAUACAUACAAGCAAAAUUAAACAACAUUCGACUAAACAUUGGUUCCCAAUCUAACCUAACCUCAAAUUUCGACCAGCAUCCAGCGAGGCUUGCAUUCUGAAUCUGUGACCACAACCUCAUUCGCACACUGAGCAUUUUGCAUUGAGCUGUAGAGUGGUGAAGUUGUUUUAACACAAGGUUGUGCAACAAGAUGUACUUUUCUAAUUAAAUAUUUCCUUGAACAUUUAAUUGGAGGAGAAGAAGAAGUGGUUCUCGCAUACAGACACGUUCUCCAUUGAAUUGACAAUCCUUCAUUGCGUGGUGAGCUGAAAAUGGCAUUGGUGGUGACAGCGAUAACAAUAAGUGUCUCUCUCUCUCAAAUUAGAUUUCAUUAAACUCUGUUCCAAUCUCCAAUUGAUUGUUCAAUCCUUUCUGCUUCUAGUUCGUGACUCUCAACUCUAAUUUCUUAAUUUUAUUUCGGGGUUCACUCCAUGAUACUCCAUGUGUGUGUACGUAUUUAUGCAUGUACGUAUUGAAAGUUUGACAAAAAUUACGUGAUUAGGUCAGAAAAAAAACUAAUCCUCGUAGUUAAAUAUUGAUGAUAACACGUGCGUGCUUCUGGUAGUCGUUGCAACGGUGGAUGUACCUUGAUUGCUUUGACUUUGAAGUUCUCCAUAAAUACAUAUAUACAAAGUACGGUUGAAGUAAGAUUUAAACAAGUUUGUAAAUAAUGAAAUACAUGAAACAGAGUUAUUCAACGUUUAAGUUAAUCAAAAAAUGUUUUAUUGACAGUUUUAAUAAGUGUUGCCUUACUUUUGAAGAAAUAAACAAGUUAAUUUGAUAGCACUGUCAAGUUUGCAUUCGCUCUGUUGAAUUUGCUAUUCGUGUAUUUAAGCAUAAAAUGUAUGGCAGUAAUUGUGCAUUUUGGAAAUGACGCCUUCCCAGUGAAGCAACCAAAGGGGUUGACAUUCAACAAACAAGACUCCGCGGAUGGAAUUAAUAUCAGUAUACCAGGGACUGGCGUGAUGGCGGAGGAGGCGAGGCAAGAGGACAUAUCAGAAGCCGAGUGGAUCCUGCUGGACACGCUGGACUGUCGACCAAACCGGCCCCUGCACACCGGACCCUUCCUCACCGUCCAACGACGACGAAGGAGACGCAAAUAUGUUCGCACUUUCCUCUUCAAGGACCCAACGCUAAUUGAUGAUUUGUCAGUGCACCAAACAAACUUAGUCCUGGAUAGGAUUAGUGAAUGGGAAUUCAACGCUUUUAUUCUCGAUACUUGUACCGGGGGCCGUCCACUGCCUAACUUAUGUGUUCAUCUAUUCCAACUUUAUGGACUGCUAGAGCACUUCAACUUGGACCCGGUCACUGUUUGGAAAGUCUUUUCAAUUAUUGAAGAUGGAUAUCACUGGAGAAAUCCGUACCACAACGCUGUUCAUGCCGCUGAUGUCACUCAAGCCAUGCAUUGCUUCCUUCAAGAAUCCAUGAUUUUUGAAAAAUUGACUCCGAUCGAGAUUUUGUCCGCCCUUUUAGCCGCAGUAACUCACGACUUGGACCAUCCUGGAGUGAACCAACCUUUCCUCGUAGCUACGUCCAAUCAUUUGGCAGCCUUGUACAAGAAUUCUUCAGUUUUGGAGAAUCAUCACUGGAGGUCUGCCAUGGGUUGUUUAAACGAAAGCGGAAUGAGCCAAGUUCUGGGAGCAGAUUUGGUAAAAGACGUGGAAUGGAGGAUUCGGGAGUUAGUUUUGGCGACAGAUAUAACUCGCCAGAAGGAAUUUUUGGAUAAGCUCAAGGAAUACCUUGAUACAAAUACUUUGGAUAUGAACUCGCCUGAUGUUCGUCAUUUUAUUUUGCAAAUUGCACUAAAAUGUGCAGACAUAUGCAACCCUGCCCGACCCUGGGAAAUAUCGAGGAAGUGGAGUAUGAAAGUUUGCGAAGAAUUCUUUCGACAAGGUGACUACGAGCGACAGCUAAAUCUGCCUGUUACAUCACUCUGUGACAGAUAUUCUACCUCCGUCCCAAGAAUACAAACAGGAUUCUUCGACUACGUUGUGGAGCCAUUGUUUAAAGAGUGGCAUCGAAUGCUAAAUACAAAAUUAUCAACGAGAAUGAGUGGAAAUCUGAAUGGGAAUAGGCUCAAAUGGCAGCAGCUUCUAAAUGACGAGGAAACAAAUGAUACAAACACUGAAACUUCGGACAAUGAAGAAACCGAAAUACCUCAGCACAGCAUAGAAGAUUCGGAUUCGCUGAAUGUUAACGUGGCGAAAAUAGCUGUGAGAAAGGAAGCACGCGAAAGAAUAUCGAGUCAUGGUGGUCGCAGCGUUCACUUUGACAUUGACACCAGGGUGACAGCAGCUAGUGACUCGGAUCAAAGUGAUGAAAAUGAGGAGCAGGGUGACAAGGGAGGUGCAGGAUUAGCAAAACCACAAGAAGUAGAAUAUCUGGGUAUUCCACGACCUGAUCGGAGACGACAUUCCAUUGCGACGGGUCUCAUGGGAAUCCAAGUUCCUUCUUCUCAGUUGCUCAACACAAUGAGUGGAAGCAAUUUGACUGUUGGUGAUGUUGUUUCAACAUCUCGCAUGAUGGGAAUCACAGUAAUCCGACGGGAGAGCUUACCCACCGGUAGUUUAUUACCUGGUCGAGCUUUGCCUUCUAAAACAAUUCUUCACUUGCAACGACUCAGUGGUGCUAGUGGGAAAUCUGAGCCUGAGUCAGGUCAUUCUCCAACUUCCGCAACUUCCCCUCGUGCAGACUCCGCAAGCCCUCCAGAUUUGCCAAUUUCACCAGGCAGAUUAACACAUGGGGAGAAAAGUAGUUGCAGUAGCACUAGCACGGUGGAUGAGUUGCUUGAUUUCACAUACAGUCUUCCAGAACCAGGACGCAGUUCAAACAGCCCACGACGCUCCACCUUAGAAGCCACAGACUUGGACGAGUUAUGUCCUUCAACGAGCAUUCUGUCCAUGUCCCCAAGCGUUGCUCAUGUAACUCUACAACAUAGCAUUGAAAUAGAUGAGCAGCGUCGUCACCUAAUCCGCCAACAGACAUGUCCUGUUGUUAGUGUUCAUGCCGACGGUGGCAAUUUCAACCGACCUCGCUUCUUAUCUGCAGCAGCAGCUAUCAGCCCCACUGCGGUGGCAUCGUCAAGCAUUAUAUCCCAACACCGACAUAAAAAUAAGAGCCCCGAGAUUGGGGAGGAGGGAGCGGCUGGUGGCGGUGGAGGGAGAUUGAGUGGAGGCAGCAGCAACGAAGGUUUGAUGCAAUGCUGUGAAGUUAUCUCUGAAGAGACGGACAAGCAAAGUGGGAGUUCAGAAGAAGCAAGUCCAUUAGAAAUUUUUGUAAAGCAAUUUCCUCAUAUUUCCGACGAUAAUGAUGGCGAACCUCCACGAAGGGAAAGUGGUUCAUGCAUCUUUGAGUCAGAGUCGGAGUUUGCCAAUUCUCAACAAAGCAAUAAAGAUGAAAGCUCAGAAUCAGGAAAUGUUCACGGAGACUCGAGUAUGUUUUGUAUAGGCUCAAGAGAUAGAGAUUCGUCUCUAUAUGAUGAGGAUGACGAAGAUUGUCAAGAUUGCGACGACGAGAAUGAUGGUGAUGACAUCGAGCAUGAGCAAGUAGUGGUGGUGGACGAUGAUGAUGAUGAUGAUGAUAGUUUUGAAGAACAAGUUGAAAAAGAUUUUGAUAGAAUUCACAUUAGUGGAAAUAAUCCGGAAGAAGAAUCAUCUAAUACGGAGCAUUUCGAUUACGGCGAAAGGAUUGAUGAAAUGUCCGAUUGUCUGAAAACCUCAUCACCAGCUACACAAGCUGGUGGCUCUUCCACUUUCACUCAUGACAACUGCACACAAACAGACCCUUUGUCCGAGAAAGAGAAUUUCAAUCCAACGUCCUCAUCAUUUUUUUCUGGAGACGAGACCUCAUUUUUAAAUUCCUCUCCGACCGGAGGAAUUUCUGACUCUGCAGGAUCCAAUUCAGUUGCGACAUCCACAAGCAAUAAUAAUCGCUUGGCCACACUUCUAAUGUGGCGUAACAAUCGGGUAUGGAAAAGUCUGACGGAGGAAGAAGGGCCAGAAGGACAUUCUUCCUGUGACAUAGAACUCGAGGAACAUAUCCCAGGUUAUUGUCGGAAAUGGGACCUUCAUCGUUUCGGUCAACAAACGACCCAGGGAGUCGUUGGGGUUUCUAGACUUCAAAUAAGACGUGGAUCGGCACCCACGAGUGGACCUUCACCGGGCAAUAGAGGAGCUCAAGACAGACUCUCUGACCCAACUCAAUACCAUUCCCAUUGCGGUUUUGACAAUAACAAUUUAAGCAGUGUUCCGCCAUUUAGUGACACGUUUCGUAGAGGAUCUGCAGCCUUGGACCCGCAAUUGCGUCAAAGCAUUCUGCGACCAAUUACACAAGCUAAGCCCAAAUCGACCAAUCCACGUGCUGCAGUUAGGCGUGGUUCUCUUCCAACCGAAGUGUCUUCAGACUCGCAGGUUGCGUUGAAAUGGAUGCAACUUUUCCAAUACAGUGAAGACGAUAGUGCAAUUUCAAUGAAAAGACGUAGUUCCGGUGGGCCUGAGCUAUUUGCUGCUGCUCAAUCAAAACCCCCAGUAUCCUGGAAAACACCCUUGUUGAUAGAACGUUUCGAAAGUUGUGGAAUGGCUGCAGAAACCCAGGGUGCAUUUUGGCCUGGGAGAAGAAGAGGUUCACUUCCGGUCGAAGUUCGAAUUGCGUCUUCAGUUUCCUGCUCAUCUGAGUCUGAGUCUUCCGCCGGGGAUUCCAGCGACACAUAACACAUGGCACCGACUUGGCGUGGGUUCAUUUCGACUGAAAAGUUCGCGUAGCACUACAACAGCUAAAUGGAUGGGUAGAAAUAACGCAGUCAUCAUCCACACAUCAUCAUCAUCAUUAUAAUAAUGAUAACCGUAAUAAUGUUAAUGUCAUCGUGAUCAAAGAACGGGCUUGAGUGUUGAACAACAACAAUAAUGCUCAAUAAUUAAUAAUAUAAUGCACUCGAUCUGGACUUUUAAUAAAGCUGCACCUAAAUACGCUGAGCAUUAAUAACUGCAUUUUACCAAUACGCUUAUCUUUCUACACCGGUCAUUGGCAAUUUUUAUCGUAUUUCGUCCAGUCUCGAAAUAGACUGCCAAUAAUAUUUUAAAACAUCGUGGUUUCGCAAGCGAUGCAAUGUUCUACCAAAGUAUGUUCUGAAAAAAAAUUCAUUUAUACAAAGUUGUCGUUGCAUGGAAUCAUUAUUUAACAAAGUGCAUAGGGAUUGCCGUUUGAUCGAAUCAAAUGAUUAGAAAACAGCGUAUUAUAAAUUAAGAUGGUAACUAUUACAUUAAAUAGAUACAUGCAUACAAAAGUAAAAGAGAGAUUAAUUAAUCUUAAGCGACAGCAGCUGCAGGUAGUUUUAAACGAAAUUAUGUAAUGUGUAAAUUUCAGUUGUAAUUUAAUGUAUAUUUUAAUAAUAAAUAACUUAGAGCCUACAUAUGUCGUAUGACCUGUUAGUGUUUCUGCAAAGACGGACCUAAAAUUGUUCAACAAACGAGGAAUCUCGCGUCGAAAUUAUCCGAAAAAGCCAAAUUACUUCUAACUGAAGUACAAAUUCAAUUUCGUUUAUUGAAUAAUCACUUAAGAACAAGCAACAAAUAAUUUAAAAUUUUGUUAUGUAUACCUAUUCUCAACCAGUAUAAAUUAUUCAAUAAUGUGCAUAUGUACAUAUAUCUAUGUAAAUAUAUAAGUAAAUCUAGUUAGUAACAUUAAAUUCUAGAGACAACAACAUACCAACAACCAUACCAUGAGCUCUCGAACCAGGGUACUGUAAACUGUUUUAUAAAAUGGAUGCAAAUUUCCACUCGAGUUUCUAGAAUGUAACAGCAAAUGGGAUUUAUGUUGAUUUUAUGAUUUAAACUACAAAGAUUUUAAACAAACUGGUUGUGACCAUGUUCAUAAACAUGUUUAGUUAAACAUUUUCCAUAUUUUAUACUUGUAUUGACACAAUAAUACACUCGGUCUGUCAUCAUGAUCCUGACGUGAAGAUGAGACGAUUUUAAGAGAAAAAUAAAUAAAAUAGCACUUUACGUUUAAUACCUUAAUAUUUGUAUGUAAGUAAUACCCAUGUUAAAGCAAUAUCUGGAGGAGGUAACAAAUCUUGGUAGGAAUGUGAGGACAGAAGGUCACUGGAAAAUAGAUUACAAAUUAAUUAUUUAUACUUGAUACACUACGCUUGUGCAUGGAGCAUAAAGAUGCAACCUAUUUAUCAAACGUAGGAUAAAGUUUACUGAAAUAGAGGAGUAGACAAAGGACGAUAGUUCCCUAGAUAGACCACUUCCGUACAUAUGUACUUCCAGAUUUUAUUAUCUGUAUAAUUGGUUUGCAAUUAUGAUUAGUUACUAAAAUUUAGUAAAUGCUCACUUACCACACUUAAUGGCAUUGAGUAUUAGUAAGUCAAGUCCCCAGUACUACGACAAAGUGGUUUUGUAAAUAUGAAUGGAAGUAUGUACACUGUUGUCCUUCAUGCAUCACUUAUGUACAUAAUAUGUAAUUAUAUUGUAUCCAAUUUUGAACAAUGUAUAUUGUGUAAUAUUAAAUAUAUAAACAUUUCUUUGUCAAAGAGUUUUAUCAAUCGCAAUUUAGUGGCAAUACGUUCGGAAGACAGUUGUUUUAACACUUAGAAUUUUAAUUAGUAUAUGUGGGAGACAUUUUUAAUUGUUUUUAUACACCUUUACCAAAUUAUAUCCUUCCUCGAAUAUCUUAUAAUCUUUGAAUACAUGUAGUAAUAAAUAUAGUUAUUCCAGGUCAUUUGUCCAUCUUGUAAUAUGUUUACUGACUGUUAGCUAUACAGCAUCAUCAUUAACCAGUAAUCUUCAGGAGAAUGUGCAGUUAAUGUUGUUAAAACUUCCUGGUAAUCGCAUUAUUUAAGAAAUUUUGUACUGAAAAGAAUGACUAAAUGUCAAUGAGGCCAGUGAGCUCAUUUACAUAGAAUGACACUUGUAAUAAAAAAAAUGUGAUGUGUGUACA